UCUAUUUACAAUUAAAUAGAAUUGAGGAGCGUUUAAAUUUGGUCUGAGGAAGGUUCGGUAGAAAAUGGCGGGAAGGGGAAGCGAUUCGCAGAAACAACUGUUGAGCCUGAUCCGCAAUUUCGCCGCUGAGAAAUCUCAAGGAGAACGAAGAGUGGUGACUCUAAGAAAACAAAUCGCUAAGCUCACAUCGGAACUGAGCAUGGAAUAUGAGCAGCUGGAAAAGGCCAAGCGCUGCAAAGAAAUGGUCGAACAGGAUCUUAAAGGCUUCGAAGUUCAAUUGAUGUUGAGCGAAGCUUCGAAUCAAACACUAGAGGCGAGGGUAUCUUUAAUUCAAGACCAGAUCUCUGCCGUUGGAUCUGAUUUGGAAACUCUCAAGUUUGAGGAAGCAGCUUUGCGAGAGCAAUUUUUCCACAACAUGCUUCAUAUGAAUGGCAAGAUAAGGAAAUUCCAAGAAAGCAUCAUUAUUUGCGACAUUGAUGCAGUAGAUUGUACUGCUUCUAGAGAUGAUUCACAAGUAAUAAUUAAAGAGAAUGAUGCUGAAGUUGCUUUAUGUGACCUCGAAAGUACACUUUCAGAGGUGAUAUCUCAAAUUGCUAAAGAAAAUGAGGAAUACCAAGAAGAACAAAACAUUUGUAAGAACGCUCAGCAGCAAUUGAUUGAUUGUGAAAGAAAGGUGUUUGUAAUGGGCAUGAUAGUCAAGGAAACAAAAGAAUUGCAGGAUCUGACCAUAUAUCCUUACAAAUAUUCAGUUGUUUCAAUAGCUUUGGCAAUCUCUUCUGCAUAUGUUAUGCAAUCUCUUAUUCAUGUUAUGAGUUUGUUUCAUUAUCAUGAAAGCACUACUUUACGACGCACGAUUGCGCUUGACGUUGGUCAUUUUAAUGGGAAUGUUUCAUUAUCAUAUAAAUUAGAAUGCUCCGUCAAUAAAAUCUAUUUAAUCUUUUUUCAUGUUAAGCUGUAGCCUAGAAACUAUAGGAGGCAAAUUUGAGUGGUGCAACAGUGUACUAACCAAAAUCCAGCUGAUCAUUAUCUAGAUUUGUCAUUCGGUAAAUCAAAUAAAACAUGAAAACAAAAAAGAAACGUAAAUUUUAUUGCCAAAAAUACUGUGCAUCCCUCUUCCAAAACAUGAAAAAAAAAAAAGAAUCGAAAAUUUUAUCUAAUUCGUGUGAUCUUAGUAUCAUUAAUGUAGUUAAAGGAUUUUAAUUUAUUAGCAUAAUUGGAACAUCUGUGUUAUGUACUUAACUGGAAACAAGCAGUCUUCUAAAUUGGAAGUGGCAUACAGUUCACUUGGUGAGGAGCUACAAGCGAGAUGCAUAUGUCCGAGUUGUCAUGUGGACA